UUAGUCAAGAGUGUUAGACGUGUCAUGUUUGUGGAUAUCAUAAGUUUUUUUUUAUAAUUUUCUUAUCAAUGUAAAUCAUAAUAUUAUUCUUUACAUAUUUUUUUACUCAUUUCUUCGAAAACUAUAUACACAACAAUGGCAUUGAAUAAAGAUUCAGACAACCGCAAUUUUAUCCAACAGAGAUAUGUGUUGAGCUCAAUGGGCUUUAUGGCAUUGGCCAUAGGCUAUGUUCAACGAUUUUGCUUGAGUUUGGCGAUCACCGAAAUGGCAGAACAAAAGCACCAUACGGUUUAUCAGGAUGCUAAUUUGGGCACAGUGUGUCCAGACGGAAAGUCAUUCGGAAAUGCGACUCUCUUCAAAAAGGAAAUGGAAUUCGAUUGGGAUGAAAAGACCCAAGGAUUAGUGUUAAGUUCAUUCUUUUGGGGGUACGUAAUCACACAAAUGCCGGGUGGCAUGUUGGCUGAUAUGUACGGAGGCAAAGCCACAUUGGGUUUGGGAAUGCUAUUUAGCAGUAUCGGUACAAUCAUUACGCCUUUUGUAGCCAGGAGCUAUGGGCCAGAAGAACUUAUUAUACUGCGAUUGAUCAUCGGACUCGCUCAAGGACCAUUGUAUCCUGCAAUGAGCAGGCUACUCGCCUCAUGGGUACCAAUUGAAGAACGGGGUCGAUUGGGAUCUCUGGUAUUUGCUGGAGCACAAGUUGGUAACGUUCUUUCUAUGCAGUUAGGUGGUUUUCUUAUGCGGUAUACUAAUAGUUGGACUAGCGUAUUCUAUGCAUUUGGAAUUUUUGGUAUACUUUGGCUCAUGUUUUGGUUUGUAUUGAUAUACAACCACCCAAAUCGUCAUCCAUUUAUCAGUUCGAGUGAAAAACAGUAUUUGAACAGGGCGAUUAACACUAUUGACCCAGAAGAUGGCAAGUUAUCAAUUCCAUGGAAAAGUAUUGCAACAUCAGCACCAGUAUGGGGAUUGAUUAUUGUUCAAAUAGGUCAUGAUUGGGGUUUGUUCACCAUAAUUACAGAUUUGCCAAAGUAUAUGAAGUCAGUGUUGAAGUUCUCAGUAGUCGAAAAUGGUUUAUUGUCUGGCUUGCCAUACAUAGUAAUGUGGUUAGUAGCUAUGGGUUCGGGUUUCAUAGUAGACUCAAUGUUAUCAUCAAAGUAUUUUACAGUAACUUGCAUCCGUAAAACAUUUGUAACUAUAGCUAGUGUAGGUCCAGCACUCGGAAUUGUUGCAGCAUCAUAUUCUGGAUGCGAUAAAGUAUUAGCAGUAGCUAGCUUCACAAUAGGUAUGGGACUUAUGGGUACUUUUGUACCCAGUUUGAAAGUUAACGCCUUAGAUCUCAGUCCCAACUUUGCUGGAACAUUGAUGGCUAUUGUGGGUACAAUUGGAUGUUUGUCUGGAGUUAUUGCACCUUAUAUUGUUGGCAUUAUGGUUCCAAAUAGUUCUAUGGAAGAAUGGCGUGAUGUGUUUUGGCUGUCUGCUGCAAUACUAAUAGCUACCAACUUGUUAUUUUUACAAUAUGGAUCAGGAAAUGUACAACCAUGGAAUGAAAAGCCGAACCGCCAGUAUAAGAGUAGCGAUAUUAAUAAUGAAAAUAAUACGGCAUCAAUACUAAAACCAUUGUAAAAUAAUAAUCUGAUAAGCUUUGUACAGUUAAAACUUUAUGUCUUAAAAUUUUUAUACUAAUUAUACUUAAGAUAUAACAUAA